CCCACCCCAUUAGCCCAGCCCUCGGUUCUCACCCUGUGUACCUGGGUCGAUCCAUUCCCCAGAGCCAUGGGGGGUGGAGUGGCUCGGAGAUCCACAGUGGGUCAAGCAAGUUUCUUCUAGAAAGCGGGAGGCGUGCUUUUCGUCCACGGUGUUUCCUUUCGUUAAAAUCCUAGAACAGGGUAGUGUAGGCUUGGAAUAGGGACAAGAAACGGAAGCGGGAAGGGGAGGAGCAGGCACCCCUCCCAACCUUGGUGCGCGCCGCGCCCCCUACCCUCUCGGUACCUGGAGCGGGAGCGCGGGCGGGACGCGCCCAGACCACAGCGAUGGCGCCUUCGGCCCGCCGUCGCGGCGGGGUUUUGGGCUCCCAUUCGGCCACCCCGGGCCGGGGUGCGGUCGUCUUCGUGUGGCUUUUCCUCAGCACCUUGUGCACAGCCCCUGCCAGCGCCAUCCAGGUCACGGUGUCCAACCCCUACCACGUGGUGAUCCUCUUCCAACCCGUGACCCUGCCCUGCACCUACCAGUCGACCACGACCCCCACGGCACCCAUCGUGAUCUGGAAGUACAAGUCUUUCUGCCGGGACCGCAUCGCCGAUGCCUUCUCCCCUGCCAGUGUCGACAACCAGCUCAAUGCCCAGCUGGCGGCUGGUAACCCGGGCUACAACCCCUACGUGGAAUGCCAGGACAGUGUGCGCACCGUCAGGGUUGUGGCCACCAAGCAGGGCAAUGCUGUGACCUUGGGAGACUACUACCAGGGCCGGAGGAUCACCAUCACGGGAAAUGCCGACCUGACCUUUGACCAGACGGCUUGGGGGGACAGUGGUGUGUACUACUGCUCCGUGGUCUCGGCCCAGGACCUCCAGGGGAACAACGAGGCCUACGCAGAGCUCAUCGUCCUGGGCAGGACCUCGGGGGUGGCUGAGCUCUUACCUGGUUUUCAGGCGGGGCCCAUGGAAGACUGGCUGUUUGUGGUCGUGGUCUGCCUGGCGGUCUUCCUCUUCCUCCUGCUGGGCAUCUGCUGGUGUCAGUGCUGCCCCCACACCUGCUGCUGUUACGUCAGGUGCCCCUGCUGCCCGGACAAAUGCUGCUGCCCAGAGGCCCUGUAUGCUGCAGGCAAAGCGGCCACCUCAGGCGUCCCAAGCAUCUACGCCCCCAGCACCUAUGCCCACCUCGCCCCUGCCAAGACCCCGCCCCCGCCGGCCAUGAUUCCCAUGGGCCCCCUCUACAACGGCUACUCCGGAGACUUCGACAGGAAUAGCUCAGUCGGUGGCCACAGUUCCCAGGUGCCCCUGCUUCGCGACACAGACAGCAACAUGACCUCUGACAUCCGGAGCGGCUAUAGGAUUCAGGCCAACCAGCAGGACGACUCCAUGAGGGUGCUGUACUACAUGGAGAAGGAACUGGCCAACUUCGACCCUUCUCGGCCUGGUCCCCCCAAUGGCCGUGUAGAGCGAGCCAUGAGUGAAGUCACCUCCCUCCAUGAGGACGACUGGAGAUCCCGGCCUUCCCGGGGCCCUGCCCUCACCCCGAUCCGGGAUGAGGAAUGGAGUCACCAUUCCCCCCGGAGUUCCAGGAGGUGGGAACAAGAACCCCCCAUGGAACGGCCAGGGAGUGGCUGGGGGGCUGGGCGGCCCCGAGCCCGCUCUGUGGAUGCUCUGGAUGACCUCACCCGGCCCAACUCGGCUGAAUCAGGGAGGAGGUCUCCCCCAAGUAGUGGGAGGAGAGGCCGGGCCUAUGCACCUCCCCGAAGCCGCAGCCGUGAUGACCUCUAUGACCAAGACGACUCAAGGCACUUUCCACAGUCCCGGGAUCCCCACUACGAUGACUUCAGGUCUAGAGACCGCCCUCAGGCUGACCCUAGGGCCCGUUACAACCGCUCCCGAGAUCCUCGGGAUGAUGGUUCCAGGUCCAGGGACCCCGAAUACGAUGGGCGGCUACUGGAAGAGGCCUUGAGGAGAAAGGGGCCUGUGGAGAGAAGGAGACCUUACAGGGAUGAAGAGGAAGAAGAGGAGGCCUGCUUCCCUCCAGCGCCUCCCCCUUACUCUGAGACUGACUCCCAGGCCUCAAGGGAGCGGAGGCUUAAGAAGAACUUGGCCCUGAGUCGGGAAAGUUUAGUUGUCUGAUCUCAACGUUUUGUAUGUAGCUUUUGUACUUUUUUUAAUUUGAGGGACCAUGGAUCAUCUUCCUCGCCUAAGACUAAUAAAACUUGUGAUCAUAA